AUGCCGGCACCGGCGCCUGCGGCGCUCCCCAGUACAAAGAGCAAAGGACCGGGGAGCAUUGGCCCCCCUGCCGCUGGGGCACCCUCUAAGGACCUAACCCUGCAUACUGCUGAACGUGAGAUUGAGACCCAGCGACUCACAAUUAUCAAACUUCAAAGCCAAGAUGAAGAGUCAAAGAAAGAACGCAAGGAAUUUGCUCUUUGA